AUGACCCACAACGAGCUAUGGUUAACUUAUCACCAAGCAUCACGCUGCAACAAGCCAGCGACCACUCAGUUGGUGGAACUUGAGUUUCAGAAUGAGAAGUUAACUGACUUGGAAGAUGUGCUCGAGCAUUUAUUCCGUCAGGGAUUCGUCGAGGCCCAGCAUCGGUCGCUGUCAUAUUGGGAGAACCACAGCGGGCAGCGUCUCAACCCAAGUGAUGCCCUGGAAGAACUGCUGACAGAAGGUGCAGGCAAAUGCCCCCAGUCUGCUCUUAGGCUGGUCAUCGCCGAUUGUCCACCUCAUUUGUGGUUCAGUUAUGUUUACACUCACAAGAAUGUGACGCCCGCCGUGACGCAGCGCGUUAAAUUUUGCCAUGCCCAGGAGGCAAAGCUCGAAAUAAUAGCCCACCUCACCAACCACAUUUUCCGUAAUGAUUAUCUCCCCGCACGAUAUCGGACGGUUGUGACAUGGCAAGGUACUUGUGGAAGGAAGAUAGAAGAACACGAAAAGCUCGAUGCUCUGCUUACCGCAGGAGAGGGUCUCUCUGAAACUUCGCCCCUGCGUCUCAUUAUAGAUGCCACCCGCACGCAUGCCAAAACAUGUCAUGCAACUGGUCACUAG